AUGGAUAAACACAUUGAUAUCAUUCUUUCCGGCAAGCCCGCAGUCGGAUACAAAGAACUCCUUGACAUCCUCUGGCCCACACAGAUCCCCGGACUGAUGUAUGGAACGACAGACGAAUACGAAGCGCGAGAGGAAGUCUUCUCAUCCUUCCAGCGGUUUAGCUUGAUGUACGAUGGCCUGACACGUACCUACUUGGACAGGCUGAGCAAGCUUUGGAGAGUGAGCAUCCUGGUUUACCGAGAGAACCCGCUGUACCUGAUGUCAUGCCAUCAUGGCAUAUCGUGCCGUUCAGGACGGCAAGUUGAAAACCAAGACUUGACAUAUGCCAUUCUGCCACUCUGGACACAGCGAUUUGUCGACAAUCUCUCGAGCCUGAUCCUGCAUCCGUUUUUCUCAUUUCGAUAUAACGGCGCUUUUCUUCGACUGGCACUCCAAUUCGCUGUCGCCUAUAGAUGCAAUGACAAUCGAGUCUGGGAUAUUUCCGCUCUGUUGUCAGAAGCAUGCGUCCAGUGCCCUGCCCUGGCUAUGCUCAGCGAUGAGAUGGCCAGACACGGUGCAACACACCCGGUAGGUGGUGCAGGUGGCCGCAUCCUGAAGGUAGCCGCAACAAGUGUCUACCACAGACUUUCUUCUAUCUGUAGCCGGUUCGACCGCAGCAUGCUGUCAGUCGAGGCCAGGUUUCUGCUGCAGCUGGGAACUGGAGCACGACGAGAGUCGACUAUUCGAGGAGCUGACUUGCCGGCCAACGAGCCCAGGAACGUUUUCAACAUCGCUACUGACGACCUGGAGUUGCUCUACAGGGCCGCGGAUUCUGUGACCAGUAAUCCGCCGAGCAAGAACGAGGCUAGCAAGUCAUGCGCUUUGUACUGCGGGCGCAAGAGACUGCCUCAGAUCCAUAGGACCAGCCUGAAGGCUCACUUUAUGAACGCAUACAGCCAUGAGCUGUAUCUGCUACAAGCUUUCAGAGAUCGCAUGGCUGGCAUGAGCUUCGAGGCGCCCCGUGCACUGAUGCCUCCGGUAUCGAUGCAACAAAACCCAGUGCAGUUGUUCAGUCAAGGGCCACUUCCGUCGCCGUCGCCGCAGCAGCAGCAGCAUUUACACUUCACUAUAUCCCACGGGCAAAGCGGAUUUCAAGGAGAAUCCCAGACCAGAGCUUGGCCAAGCAGUCAAGUCACGCUGGAUGCAUGGGGCCAUGGAGCGCACGUCGGAGCAUCGAAUGCCUUGCAGCCACCGCCGCAGUCUACCCCAAUUCGAGAUGAGGCUACUUACGUAUCAAGCUUUGACCAUUUUCCGGAUGCAUUUCUGCCCAGUCAAUCCAUGGCAGUCGGGGGAGCACUUGGGGGUCAGCCGCCUUAUGCUCCCCAGGAGCAGGCUCCAAUGCUGUUCCUGCAGAACAUACGAGGUGUUGGAGAAGACAUUGAUUUUGAGCCUGCGAUGCAGUUUUAG